AUUACAUUAUCAAUUAAGCCGCCACGCUUGCAAUUUAUAUGCAGGUUGAGAGUGGAGAGGCAAACAAAUAACAGCGCCUGAAAGCCAGUCCACCGCCAGCCGACCACUCGCAAAGACUCACAAAAAACAACCCGCGCACAGGAUUACUUUGCUCACCAGAAUAUAUAGGAGGGGAUUUGCCGCGCGGGGCCGCAAGUAGGGAAAAGUGAAGCCGUGCCGGAACCGUUCGCAGGUGCAGAGCACUCGGGCGACGCAGAGAGCCAUGGCCUGACCCUGCAAGUGAAGAAGAUGAGGCACAAACGGAGCCACGACUUCUUCCAGGAGUGGCUCCUGAGGAGCGAAAGCCGCAAGUCCAAAUGGCUCCCUGCAGAGGACACAAAUGCGGACACCGCCGACUCCCAACUCGACCACAAAAUCCAACACCUCCGAUCACAAAUUACGGACCUGAUCGAUCAAGACACAUCACUUUUCGAGCAGUUUUUCGCCCUGCAGGACUCUAUCGAUGAGCUAAAGGCUCAGAUGCAGCAGUCGGACGACUCGGACGGCUGCUUCUCCUCCCUCGCCUCGUCCACCUGCAGCCUCGUCCAGGCCGAUGACCCUGCCGAGCACGACGACGUCUUCGAGCAGUCAAAUCAAAAGGGCCCCACGAGCAUGUUGAUGCGACAACGGGUGUCCUACCCACCGAUCUCGAGGAACAGAUGUCGCCGCUCGCAAACAAUGACCGCCGUCACUGAGAACCGCGACGCAGACGAAGACGACGAAGGGGUGGACGUCCUCGACAGGGUCGUCCUGCGCCGACUGCACUCGCUGCACACCCAGCACUACUCCACGUCAGGCCUCACAACCGUCACGGACGGCGGCGAGUCCUCCGUGUCCUCGCUCGACUCGGGAAUUAGCAUUCCCGCAAAAAGAAACAAUAAUAAUCGCAAUAAUGCCAAAGAGCGCGAGAUUUUCGUUUGAAAAAAGCCAAGACUUGUAAGCAUCAAUUAGUUUUUAUUCAUAUUUUAUUUUUCUCAAGAAAAAUUCAUUAAACAGAUACACAUUUUAAACUUAAGGUAACUUUUGUGAUCGUCGUUUUGUGUAUAAAUAUGAUAAUAUAAAAAUUUACCAAAGAAUCUGAUUUGAGCAUUCAUCGAAUUGUGCACAUUUGUCUCGCGGUCGGUUGUGAUUUCUUGUAUUUUAUUGACUUUGGUACAAUUCUUCCAAUAACGGAACGUGUGCAUUAAUUAAACAGUAUAUUAUAUCAAUUAAUUUAAAUAAAUCUCUGUACAAGAAUGUCUACCCCCUCCCUGUGUGUAAAUUACAACAAAAUAAGUAAUAUAAAAUUAAA